AUGCUUAUUCUACAAAAAAAAUCCUGCACUACAAAUUUGGGUUUUCUGUCCACCGAAUUUUACAUCCCAUCACGUAUGGGAAUCGGGCAUUUUUUUGCAGUGAGACUUCCAGGCUCUGGUUUGAUGAAAGUGGUUGUCUGCCCACUUAAUCUCUAUUCCGACGAUACCUCCGGUAAUUCAACAAAGCAGUACAACAAGUAUGACAGUUACUUAAUGUACUUUGCUGCGUUGCUACUUGAGACGAGAAACAAACGAGAAAAUGCUCUUUUCAUUUGUACCUCGAAUCAUACACUGAAUGCCGUUGAGAUGUUGCCCCCUAUUGUCAAUGACCUCAUUAGGCUGGAGAAAGGUAUUGAGAUGUAUUCUGAUGAUCAUGGUGAAGUAGUUCUUGUCGUUGCGCCCCUGUUGCUCUUUAUGAGUGACAACCCUCAUCAAUCUCAGCUUGCCAUGCAUAAGGGAACAUCUGCCAAGAAGUUUUGCCGAAAAUGCCUCAUACCUUCGCCUCGUAUUGAACAGGGUUCCAUCCCUGACGCUCCGCCAUAUUCUCCAGUUGACCACUGUGGGUCAGAAGAAAGAACGAGGGAUUUCUUGUGCGCCUUUGCCAAUGCCGAUUCCCAGUCAGAGCUAUAUCUCAAUGGGUGCGAAUUGAGUUAUAUCAAGAAUGGAAGUGAGGAAUUUCUUAGAUUCGAAGCCUUUGACCCUACCAAAGACAUGCCUGUCAAAAUUCUCCACAUUAUUCCUCUUGGCCUGACGAAAUACUUGAUGACUUUUCUCUGGAAACAGAAGAUGCUGACUACAAGUGAAAAGGGGAGACUCCAGGAAGCUCUAAACUCUUACAAGUCUUGUAAGAGUUACAGCCGAACAUUCAGGAACAAGCUUCACCACACUGGUUUGUUCAUUGGACGCGAUUUCAAGGAAUUGAUUCAAGUCCUGCCUGGAAUUAUGAGCAAGCUCUUUAGUGACAAACAAUUGGGAAGUUUGUUCAUUAAAGCCUUGCAUGCAUUAGGCCGCCUGUCGUCUUUGGUGUACAUGCGUGGAGUCAACCGGUGCUUCGACUACUAUAUUGCCCAGAUAAAACACGCUGUCACUGAUGUAACGGAUCUGCUUUUUCAACUGGAUGUCCAGAUUCUCCAAAAAGGAUUUUCUAAGCAAGACUUCACGUUCAAGCCAAAGGUCCACCUUCUGCAUCAUAUCACUGACGACAUUGUUCAUUUCGGUUCCGUGCUGCAAUACGAAACUGAAAACAGUGAACAGUUCAAUAAGUUCAUCCGCGAACAUUUAUUCAAGACCAACCGCCAUUCCACCUCUCGAGACGUCACUACAAGAUUCGGCAAGCAAUUCAUCUGUCGGCAUCUUUGUAAUGGAGGAUCGUAUGUCGUAGAGAAACCAGCUGGUAAUGGAACAAGAUCUGUGAGAAGUUCAAUUGGUGAUUUUGUCAAGCUAGCCCCUGUCAAUUUCCCAGGCUUUUAUCUCCAUUUCUUUGGUUCUCGUGUCAACAGUGACAGUUCCGGGUUGUCGACUCCCACUUUGUGCGAUACACUUGCAGGUGUUUUUCAAUCAAAUGGUCAAUUAUUCCUUGGUCAGGUAAAGAUCGUUCAAGCAAGAGACUCUGCAGACAGAAUGAGGAAGGCGUUCUUUAUGCAAAAGUACCAAAUUGUUCUGAACAGCAAUGUAAAUUGCAUCUAUACCCCAGCCGUGGUAACAGAAAAUUACAACAACAUUGUGGUUCUGCCCCUUGGAGGCCUGGUUGAAGUCAACAAAGAUGACAUCAACAUCGUUCAGGCUGUUGAUAUUCACUUGUCCGUCGGGUCUUCCAAUAACCAAAAGUUCCUCAACGUUGCAAAAUUCGGCAUGUUCUGGUGGAUGUUGAUGAACAUUGCAAAAAUCUAUUAA